AUGCCCAUUGAGAUUAUCUCCCUAUUGUCCAGCCCCGUCGUCGAGCCUCCCCCGCCAGCUGCCGAAGACCUGCGCCGACAACCGCCAACAAAACCAACCCUCCCUGCGGGAAAGCUAGAUUACGGUGACGAUGCACUCGACUUGACAGGCGACACCUUGCGUCGCCCCAUUCGUCGUAGGAUUGAUGCCGUACCCAGCCUGUCGCGAAGCCGGCUGCCAGCAGCCCCGGAUUCCCUGCUCCUUUCUGACGACUUUGACUUUCCAAGUUACAUCGGCAGGUCCGACGAUGACCUUCUCAACAGUCCCGCCCCGAAGCGUCAGCGCCUAUCAGGCAUCAAUAGAGGCAUUGCCAGGGUAGAGAACCCAUCGUCCCAGUCGACAACUUCUGCAGCAACUUUUGCACGGCCCGGUCGAUCCAAAACGCUCCAGCGUGCCGGACUUGGCCGCUCGAGGCCAGCUCUAGAGGAAGUGCUUCUGUCAAGCUCCCAGCCCCUGCCGCAGCAGCAGCUGAGCACGAAAACCGCACAGUCCAAGUCGGCCGACUUUGACGAUGACCCCUUCGCUAUUUCCUCUUCGCAGGAAAAAGAGAAUAACCCAAGAUCUGUUAUUGCUACAGUAACAGACGACGAGUUUGACCCCUUUAGCUUGAGCUCGCCGCCCAGAAACAAGGAACCUCGGCCACGACAAUCACCAAAAAGUGCAGUGGCGUGGGAUCCCAUAUCAAGCUCUGCACCACUACCUGCCCAGGCCGACAACGGCAAGCCUCUGAAUGCCUCCCACCCACUGCGGAGAGUCCAUUCAGAGGUCAUUGCCCUUGAUGACUCGGACGAUGAUGUUGGCCGUUCGAGCUCCUCGGAAGAUGAGUUCCCUGACAUCGGCAACCUCAGCGCGGUCCCAAGGACGGCCGAUGAAAAGGCACGACAAAUAAAGGAGAAGGCCGCAGCCCGAGAGGCAGCACAAGAACGCAAGAGGCUAGAGAAGGAGCAAAAGGUCCUAGAAAAGGAGAGAGCUGCCGCACUAGCCGAAGUCAACAAGAUCCGGACAGACAAGAAGAUCUCGACUCCGGAAAUGAUUGUCGAUCUUCCGUCAACGCUCUCCCCCACCAUCAAGCUACAGGCGGAAACGCUCCUUAAGGACUUGGACGUGGAGGUAGCCUCCUGGAACAGCCCCGUAGAGAACGUUAUCAAGUGGCGACGCAAGGUGCGCGCCCGAUACAGCGACGAGCUUAGCCACUGGGAGCCAGUCCCCCUCCAGAUCAAGUCUGAGACGUACGCAAUGGUGAUCAUCACAGCAGAUCAGUUUGUUCAACUGGUGCUUGGCGGCAUCGAUGGCAGUGGCCCGGACAGCAUGAGCCUUGAGUCGCAUGUGCUUCAAAUGCAGGCCCGCUUCCCAAACCAGACCAUCAUCUAUUUGAUUGAAGGACUAGCUGUAUGGCAGCGCAAGAACCGUAACGUGCGGAACCGCCAGUACCUGUCGGCUGUUCGAGGCGGGUUAGAAAAUGACGCUUCCGCCACCUCUGGGCUGCCGCCGCCCAGCACCCAGAACCCACGACGCCGCAAAAACAACGUACCUGACAGCUACAUUGACGAGGACACCGUCGAGGACGCGCUUCUGCAGCUACAGGUCAUGCACGGGGUGCUGAUUCACCAUACGACGGCAGCCGUCGCGACGGCGCAGUGGAUCGCCGUGUUCACACAACACAUCAGCACGGUACCGUACCGCAAGCAGCGCGAGGAGAGCAACGACGCGUCGGCCGGCUUCUGCAUGGAGUCGGGCCAGGUCCGCACGGGCGACGGCGUGCGCGACACGUACGUGCGCAUGCUGCAGGAGGUCUCGCGCGUCACGGCCCCCAUCGCCUACGGCCUCGCCAACGAGUUCAGCUCCGUCUCCCUGCUCCUCAGGGGCCUGGAGGAGGGCGGGCCCCUCACCCUCGAGGGCAUCCGCAGGAGCGCCAACAAAGACGGCGCCCUCUCCGACAGGGCCGUCGGGCCCGCCCUCAGUCGCCGUCUGCACAAGAUUUUUACGAGCACGGAUGAGCUGAGCACAGAUGUGUGA